AUUCAGAUAAUUCGAUGUUUUCUUUUUUUUAUUUGUGGAAAUUAAAAAAAAAUUCCAUCGAAAAUGAACGGACUUAAACCGAACACUUAUGUUCUAGACCGAAUCUUCUAAAAUCGCCAGGUGAUUAGUAAAAACUACAUGUCUCAGCACAAAUAGAAUCCGUUCCAUUACGAACGAGAAGGCUCCUUUCUGCGUCAGAGCCCACUCUAGGGCUGCGCAUUGCUCUUUCAAUUUAGCUUUUACACUAUUGUCUUGCUAGUUUCUUCAAAGGUAUACUCGUAUACUCGUGAAACACAGAGGAUGGAUCGUAUGAAAUCAGAUUGUAAUGAGACGACAUGACAAAAUGACAAUAAUAUUUUCUAAAAUACAUUAUUAUGGCAAACACUUAUCCAUAAAGAAAAAAUGUUAUGAGAAAAUUCAACAAGGAGAGAUGGACGGAUCCUGAUGUAUAUUUUCAUGCAUGAAAGGUAGCAAUGAAUUCUUUAGAAAUUUGGAUUACAAUAGCAUAAGAAUUUUUACUCCGCAAUCAUACGCGUACGUUUCCACGUUUUAGCCUCGUGUCUCAAUUUCAACAUUUUUCUUAUGAAUAGAUUUAGAUAUACGAUUUUAAAAAUUAUAUAUCUCCGUGAUUGAUUAUACGGAUUUAAUGUUUCCUGCACACAUACUUACUUAUUAAUAAAAGUGAAAGAUCAGUUAAAUGUUAGGUUAGGUUCAUUAUAUGAAUAAUGAAGAGAAUAAUAGUUCCGGUGUAAUACACCGGUGCUUAUGUAAAUAAAAAAUUUAAUGAAGUAAAAUUGACACAUUGCUGUUUUGUCAAUUUUUCACAUGCCUACUAUAUCUAUCAUAUUUUCCUUUUUUUUUUCCAACUAGCACAGAUUUGACCUUAGCCUAUGUUUAAAGGUUUCUUGAUUUAAAAGUAUAUAGCAAUUUUCUAAUAUAUUUUAUCUCAAACACUGAUAGACAGAGUGUACGAUAAAAUUAUUCUUUCCCAGACGUAUAGAUUAGCGACUAAAUAAUACACUAAUUCGCCUGAGUGGCCGGCUAAUAAUUCAAUGGUCACGGAUUCAAAUCUCAAAUGCGGUAGAGUUUUCAAAUAAAGCCGAUAAUCUUAGAUGCUUAAAGUCCUAUUAAGACUUUCUUAGUCUUCGAAUUUCUUUAUAAAAGUCCACUAAUCGCAAAAACUAAAAUGGAAAUCUGUUAGAGAUAUUGACUUGAAACUUAGUACUUACAGUAACCAGGAUCAACUAUAAAUUAAUUGUAAAAGUGUACAUGAUUUACUAGGAGACGUGCUUAUAUCAAAAUGAAUUUAGAAAAAUUCAGAAUAAAAAUGUUAAUAAUCAGUUGACCAGCGCAACGCAACGUCUUUAAUUAACAAAAGUUGGACUUUUUAUGCAUUCGAUUAAAAUAUGCUGCCUCUUAUCAAACGUUCAGUACCUUUUUUACUUGUUUCCUCUAAUUAUAUAAUGUACAAUGAUUUUUCUAUUGAAAUGGAAAAGAAAUUGUUUUAAAUUUUUUUUGCUUAUCCUGUUUUUCGUCCAAGAAUAAUCUAAAAGAUUUCACCUUUUAAACUGAAUGGAGGGCACUAUUAUUGGAAUUUACCCGCUUCUCAACCCAAUUGCAGAAAAGAAAAAACAAUUUUUUUAUUUUUCUUUUAUUUUUUUUUCAAAUAUUCUCUUAAUUAAAAAUUUUUCAACGAUAAACAAGAAACGAACGCUUUUAAAAAGAAGUAUCGUUAUCGCAAAAAUUACAUAAAUUGAGUUCGUUCUCUUUGCAACAACAUCAACAUCAACAAUGUGCAGUUAGCAUACAAUGAUUACGCGGAAAUCUUACAACUUUAUAAGGAAUACCACGCGACACAUACAAACGGACUUUUGACAUAUAGAUGUGUAUGCAUAAGCAUUUUAAUACAAUAUAAUAUUUUCCUUUUUAUUUAUUAAUAAUAUUCUUAUAAUUUCCGUACGCAUUCUUCAUGCAUAACGCAAACAGCAGCAGCAAAUUUCUAUAGCACAUCAGCUAAAUAAAAGAAAUCACCGACUACAAGAACAGCAGCAACAACAAGAACAACAACAACAACAACAACAACAAGAAUUUAAAAACAAUCGUUACAAACGUAAGCAGCAACGGCACCAGCAGCACGAUUAUGAUGACAUAACACAUGAUGAUCAAUACAAUCGUAUUGAUGAUGCCUUUAAAGAUAUGGUAGCGGAAAUGGAUGAAGAAAAUGACCAGAUGGAAUCGGAUCUAUCGCAGCCGCUGAUGGUAGAGAUUGAUAUAAAUAAAUGUCCGCAGGGUUGCGUAUGUCAAUACGCUCACUUUAGGGAUUUGCCGAUAUCACGUUGGAUCAACUAUAUGAAUCAGAAAAGAGAAUCGGUCAGAUCCGCUGACGAAGACAGCUUAAGUGCCGAUGACUUAUUAGAUGAAAACGAAUCAUCUUAUGGAGCAGAUUUAAGCGAUCAUUUGAAUCCAUUUAUUAAACAGUCAACAUGUAUUAUACAGGAUCAUACAGAUUUGGAAAGUUUAGUGAAAGCUUUGCCCCACGAUAUAAGAGCCUUAAUUUUAUUAUAUACUGGCGUGACGCAAAACAAAACGGUCAAUGCCAGCACAUUAAAACCUUUAAAUCGCUUAAACACGUUGGAGGUGCGAGGUUCCGAUCAGGGCGGUAUACGUUUCAUACUCGAUAUCCCGUUAAGUUUCGUGCAACAUGCCAAUUUUGAGUUCAUUACGCUAUUUGGUUCGGACACAUAUAAGAGGCCACAAAAUACUGUUCAUCCCAAGGAUGUAUUUGACUAUAAACCCAACAUUGAGCUUAUGAAUGAUUUCGAUUUCACCAGUAACGGUAAUAGAGGUAAAGAGGAUCAAACAUUUUUGGUAGACUUACAGCAAAAAGCCGAGCGUGAUGAAUUGGAAAUCAUUCCAUAUGAAGUCUACCGUGAAGAGGUUAAGAAGGCGCGUAUGCCCAUUUUCUACGGUUGGCAGCAUUUGGAAGUGCUACGCAUUCAUUCGUGUGGUUUUCGUGAUCUCUCUUGGGAAAUGUUCUUAGGUCUAGAUAAUUUACAACAUUUGUCAUUGGAGCGCAAUGAUAUCGUUGAGUUGCAACCAUUUUCCCUUUCGGGUGCUACACAAUUGAAAACCUUAUCGCUCGCGCAUAAUCUUAUAAAAAAUUUGCAUUAUCGCGAUUUGGCCGGUCUGUUCAAAUUGCAAGUAUUGGACUUAACUGGCAAUCGUUUAAGCAAAUUAACGGAAUUAAGUUUUCCCCCAUUACCGAAUUUGAAAAGUAUUGAUUUCCGUGAUAAUCCCAUACGUUAUAUAUUUCCGGCCACGUUUUGGAUAAUGAAUCGAACACAAGAAAUGUUUUUCGGCUCUAAGGAAGCACCUCUAGAAUUAUGGGGUAAUGUACCUUUCAAGGCUUUACAUCAUUUAAAAGCAUUGCACAUCUCUAAUGUAUCGAUAGAUAGUUUGGACCAAAAUAUAUUUAAGGAUUUGUUGUCUUUGGAAAUAUUAAGAUUGCAUGGCGAAAUACGUUCCGUGGAAUUCGAUGCCUUUUCUGAUCUUUCCAAUCUUAAAGAAUUGGAUGUAAGCAAUUGCCAAUUAAGAGAUAUUUCUAUGGAUGCCUUAAUGGGUUGCAAAUAUUUGCAUGCUAUUAAUUUGGGAUAUAACAAUCUUUCCAAUAUACCACCGGGCCUAUUUGACGAUCAAUUUAGUCUGGAAGAGAUUUAUCUGAACAAUAAUCAAUUGAAGUCCUUGCCAAACUCUCUAUUCCAACAGAGGAAAUUGAAACUUUUACGUCUCAAUAAUAACCCUUGGAAAUGUAAUUGUGAAAUGUCGACAUGGAAAGCGAAAAUCACCAAUCAGGAGAAGGGUACGAAUAUUGAACGUUGCAUAAGUGACUAUUUAACAGGAAAAAAGUUAUCUUGUCGCAAAGUGGACGGCUAUAAAUUUAAUCAUAAAUACGCACCAAGAUGUGAAAACUUUAAAGGUCGUAGUGUAUACUACGUGUUGCGGAAACAAAUGCAAUGCGGCCCAAUUAGGAUUAUGCGUUUACAUCGAAAUGGAACUACAACUCAACGAAUACCGCAUUGGCGCAAACUGCAAGAGCGGCGGCAAUUGUAUAAAGAUCGUUUGAAUAGCAAGAAUGCAAAUAGCAAUCAAUUGUUGUGGCAACUGGAGAAGAACACGAAAAUCAGAAAUAAUGAUUUAAAAAAAUCUUUUGAGCAACAAGCAAUUAUUUAUAAUUCCGGUCAGUCUAGUAAACCAAUAGCAGAAAAUACAGUAAUAACAACAACAGUAAUAUCAAUUCUUGAAGGAGAAAUAUCAAACGAUAUAUAAUAUAUAUAAUCAUAACACAAUAAGAGUUUUCUUUUCUUAAGUAGUAUAGGAGUGUAUUUUUAAGGAAAACUAUCAGUUUUUUCUCAAUGCGUAAAUUUGCAUAUGUUAAGUAAUUAAGUAAAUCAUUUAUACAUAUAAAGUUUAUGUUAAAUAUCAUUGUAAUGGGCAAAUUAAUCGCACUUUCACAGUCAUACGCAAUAUAUAAGGACAAAUGUCA